AUGCCUCUCGUCACCCUCCCCAACGAAAUUCUCUGUCUUCUGCCUCUCUACAUCGACAACAUUGAAUCCUUUACCAAUGCAGCAUCCUCCUGUCGACGACUACGCGACACGUUCUAUACCGCACACCCGAACACCAUCUUGCGCCUGGCCGUUGCAUCAGCGCCCACCUUCUUUUCCCCGCACCCGCACUUCCUGAUCGCAGCGACUGUCCGACAAGCUAGCAACUGGGCACUCGGCGAUGCGUCGCGCACGAAAGAGCUGCGUCGCGCACUCCAAGGCGGCAUUAACAGCCUCCUCGAUUUUAGUAUUCAAUACUCCGGUCUGAGCCUCCCCCAGAUCCGAUCUAUGCAUCAAUCUCGCUUCUCCAUUCUCAAUCCCCUCUCGGACUUGAUCGAUAAAAUGGCUGGUUCCCAGUGGUACGCGACACCGGAGUUCUGGAAUGGUGGUGUCAGCGAACCAUAUACCCUUGAUACGGAGGCGAGUCGGGCUACUUUCCAGAUCGUUAUCUACGGAGAGUUGUUCGGGCCUAGUAUGCUUGCGUUCUUGGAGCCGGAGAGGGCAGAUCUUCCCUUUUUUGAUGUCCAUACUCGACUGGAUUAUUUCACCUAUUGUGUCCCCGACUGGGUGUGUAAGAGUUAUCCCGGUUUCGAGGUCCUACCCACCGGACCGUACGCGCUGGACGUGGAGCCACCGCGUGAGGGGGACCAGGUGGCGCUGCAUUAUAUUCUGCGUUGUGGACGGUGGAGACGGUUAUGGACAGCUUCGAUUCUGGAAAUCAUGACGUUCCUGGGCGAGGAACAGACGAAUAAAGACUCGAAUAUGGAGAAUGAAGAGUCCUGGCGGGAGAAGAUGCUUCGGGAUGCACUGCUGUGUCAGGGCCUGGAAGGGAUGCAGCUGGUGACUGUGCCGGAGGAGAAGGUGGACAAGGAUGUUAUGCAGAGGUUCAGAUGGAUCAAGAAACAUAUUGAUAAACUGGAGCGUCCUCCAUCUGUCGAGCGCUUAGGGAAGGGUGGCUCGACGCUGGUGUCGCAUGCGCCUGACCCUUCAAAUGAGAACUGCAAGGAACGACAAGGCUGGUGUGGCAUAGCGUUGGGUGGUUCGAUGACAGAUAGUCUCCUAUUCGUGGCAUAUGCGGAUGGCGAUGUAGUCCGGACUUCACUGCGUUUUACUCACAAAUACGCUGCUCCUGGCGUGUAUACUGGUAAUGCUACUGUGGCAGAAAUCGCGCACGAGGUGACAGAGACCGGUAUCUCCUUCAUCUUCCACUGUCAGGACUGUCUACAUUGGUCGCAGGACGGCGGGAGUGGUCGUGCGUCCACAGGCAGCAGUAUGUUGGAUCUUGGGUACGCACAGUCCGUCCAGGAUCCGGGAAACCCAUCCUGUGCGCGGGAAGCGCCCUUAAUGCUUCAUGAUGCGCAGGGUACAUGGACAGCGAUGCUGGAUGAGUCUGCCACGAGCGAUUCCUACGAUCAGUGGCGGGCUCUGGCCAACCCGACUGUCCCGGACAAUUGUUAG